AUGACUCAGCGUCGUCGCCAACUCGAUAGUAAACGGCCAUCGAGUAUAAACAACGAAGUUAGUAAUGGAAACCCGAACGUUGCUGCCGCGGCUGCUGCUGCAAGACGACGAAAUCAACAUCGGCACUUUCCAACCAAUAGUCGAUCACGUUUUGACUAUUUAUAUAGAAGUUUAAUGAAGAAGCAACUUCCAUUCACCGUCCCACCUUAUGUCGUCACAUUGAUUAUUGCAGGUUUAGUUGCAUUUACUUUAUAUCGAGGAUUUCUAACUGUGAUGGAAUAUCGAAGUCAGUAUGAGCACACAAAUAUACCUAUCAAAUUACCCAAGCUUGUGAAUGUGAAUGAUACAACGCCGGAAGUCGAUCCCAAACAUUUCUGGGGAACGUAUAGAUCAAAUCUAUACUUCGGCAUGAAACAUCGUAGUGUGCGAUCAUUAAGUGGAGGAUUGAUGUGGUUUGAUUAUGGCAAAGUGCAACAAUCUCAAGAUCGGUUCUUAAGGCAUUGGUGUGAUCAGAAUGAUCGUUUAAAGUAUGGAUGGACUUAUCAUGAUGGUGAAACAUUCGGCAUCGAACAAAUUACCGAUGAUAAUUUACAAUUGAAUAUCCAAUGGCUCAAACAAAUUACCGGACAACACGGUGGAGAUUGGACAGCAAGAAUUACUGUCACACCACAGUCUACUAAUCGUACCAUUCCAAUAUCGUUAUUCUUCUAUUUCCACCAUGAUCUACCAUGGAUCGAUGAAAUCAAUUCCAACUCAAAUCAAUCGCCCGACACUGUGGCCGUCCGUGGUCAAACAAACGAACUUGAUAGUUUUACCAUCAAAAUCAAAUCCAACACUCCGUCGCACCAUGCGGUCACUCGUACAUUGACGGACGUUUUUCAUUUAGACAAAAUCCAUGAAACUCUCUUGACAAAAUUCGCAGCAACCUCCCGCGAUCAACCGUACUUUUACCUUGCUGAGCAGCCAUUUAAAGAUUUUGAACAUAACACAUUUUUCGUUCAAAUAACUCUAACACAACCAAUUUCCAGUGACACAUUCUCGUUCGAUGUUAUCUAUCAAUCGGACUCAUCGAAUCAUGUUCGAGAGCAAGAUCUAACAGGAUAUUAUUUCAAUGAAGAAAUCACGCGUUUACAAAAACAAUUCGACGAACGUUUUGAGAAUAUUUUUCAAUUGAAAUCGAAACAAAACAUGGAUUCGAAGAAAAUUCAUUUCGCUCGAUCAACAUUGAGCAAUUUAAUCGGCGGAGUCUCAUAUUUCACAGGAAAAUCCCUAGUAGCCAAGCCAAAUCAAAAAGUGCCGGAUGAAUAUUGGUCGACAAGUUUAUAUACAGCCGUUCCGUCUCGUUCAUUCUUUCCACGCGGUUUCCUAUGGGAUGAAGGUUUUCAUAAUUUAGUCAUUGCUCGAUGGAAUAAAAACUUAACUAUGGACAUCCUGUCUCAUUGGUUCGAUAUGCUCAAUGAUAACGGAUGGAUUCCUCGAGAAAUCAUUCUUGGUAAUGAAGCUCGUGCACGUGUACCAGCGGAAUUUAUUGUUCAAUACACAAACAAUGCCAAUCCGCCGACCUUCUUUUUGACAAUCGAUUAUUUAUUGAAAACAUCUGCAAACCGUCAGAUGUUUAGUUUACCAUUCGUCCAACGACUUGAAAAAUGGUACCAAUGGUACAACCGCACACAGUCUGGUUCCGUACCAUUGUCAUACCGAUGGCGCGGACGUAAUGCUUCGUCGAUAUUUGAAUUAAAUCCCAAAACAUUAACAAGUGGCCUCGACGAUUAUCCACGUGCAUCCCAUCCAACCGAUGUAGAACGGCAUGUUGAUUUACGCUGUUGGAUGGCAUUGGCAUCGUCUGUUAUCGGUAAACUUUAUUCAACAAUAAGAAACGAACAAACAAAUCAAUACUUGAACUACGCUCAAUUGCUUUCAAAUAACGAACAACUCGAUCAACUGCAUUGGUCCGAACAGCAUGAAAUGUAUGCUGAUUAUGGCUUACACACUGACCAUGUGCAAUUACAUCGCGUACCAGUUGGUAAACCUACUCCGCAACAACCACAACAGCAAACGCAUAUGGUUCGCCAAAUAACUAAACAAUCCGAUUUGACGCUCAAAUAUGUCAAACAUUUCGGUUAUGUUUCGUUAUUUCCACUGAUGACACGUGUAUUAAGUCCACAAUCUCCCAAACUUGACAAAGUCUUAACUGACCUACAGAAUCCGAGUCUAUUAUGGACACAAUACGGUUUACGAUCAUUAGCUCAAUCUAGUCCAUUGUAUGGAGUCAGAAAUACUGAACAUGAUCCACCUUAUUGGAGAGGUGCUAUAUGGAUCAAUAUGAAUUAUAUGGUCCUGUCAGCAUUACAACAUUAUGCAAAAACUCCGGGUCCAUAUUCUGAUAAAGCUCGUCAAAUCUACGGGCAACUACGUACUAAUCUCAUUACUAAUAUGUUUCGUAUUUAUGAAAGAACAGGUCAUAUUUGGGAACAAUAUGAUGAUAAGACUGGCAAUGGGCAAGGCAGUCAUCCAUUUACCGGUUGGUCAUCGCUUAUUGUUUUGAUUAUGUCCGAACUUUACGAUGAAUAA